AUGCAGGUUAUCAAUACUCUCUUGACCACCUACAUAAACGCUCACUUUGCUGGAGUUUGGGAAACUCCUUCCAAAGUUGGCGACGACUUGAAUCACUGGGUAGAGCAUGUUCUCGGGCAAUUAGUUCUGGACGUUUUAUUUUCCUCCAAACCACCCAAUUCCUCUGAAGGUGUGGGAGAGGAUGAUAUCAAACGAAGGAAGGAAGACUUGGAAAGUUGGAAACGUAUUGCUGUUGGCAGGCUCGGUAGACUAAGAGUUGGUGAACUAUUCGACGUCGUUGUAGAGUGGCCAGAGAGUCUUGGAGGUGUCGAGGAUUUAAAAUCCUAUAUUAUAUCACCGCAAACCCGCCUACACCUAACGACAACUUUCACCUCUGCCUUGUCUACUCGUCUCCUGCAUCCGGCAGCCGCAACCUCCGAUAUACUCCGGGCUUAUAUCUCUUUGAUCCGUGCUUUCACCGUUCUGGAUCCUCGUGGUGUCUUGCUCGAUAGGGUUUCGCGAGGUAUCCGGCGAUAUCUCCGAGAACGCGAUGACACUGUCCGUGUAAUAGUGAGAGGGAUAAUGUCCGAGUCACUACCUGACGGAUUAGAAGAUGCCGAAGAUCUCUCAGAACUUGCUCAUGAACUUGGAAAAGGCAUUCCGGCCACUCAGCAAGGUGGAGGGCUUGAAGAACUAGAUUAUGAUGACUUGUCUUGGGUACCCGACCCAGUUGACGCAGGCCCUGAGUUCCGAAGAAGCAAAGGUCUCGAUGUGGUUGGAAGCUUGAUCUCACUAUGGGAGAGCAGGGAAGUCUGGACGAAAGAAGUAGCGGCAGUAUUAUCUAGUAGACUUCUUGGUAGUGAUGAAUGGCUCUUCGAAAGGGAAAUCCGCACUAUCGAGCUCCUCAAACUUCGAUUGGGAGAAACAACAAUGCAAGGCUGCGAAGUCAUGCUUAAGGACAUUGCGGAUUCUAAGCGAUCGGAUGCACACAUUCGAGCCGAGGAACAUCUUGAGAUAGAGGGCUUCCCGGAAAUUCACACCAAAAUCCUUAGCAGGCUGUUCUGGCCAACAAUGAAAGAGGGUGGGUUUCAAGUUCCUCUAGAAAUCAAAGAGCUGCAGGAACGCUAUGAGCGAGGGUUUGAGAACCUCAAGAAAAAGCGGAAGCUCACUUGGCUACAAACAAUGGGAACGGUGGAGGUAGAACUUGAGCUCGAAGAUAGAGUGGUUCAGUUCCCUGAUGCCACAACAUGGCAAGCAGCGGUCAUACACCAAUUUGACGAGGAGGGACUAUCUGAUCAAUGGACCAUCCCACAGUUGGCCGACAACCUGGAAAUGGAGGAAUCCCUGGUUAAGAAGGCAGUGCAAUUCUGGCAAAGCAGGGAUAUCCUUAGAGAAGGUAGCAACGGCGUCUACGCCGUAAUAGAAAACCUCGAAGAACUCGAAGCCAACACCCCUCUCCAUACUGGUGUUACUGCAGCGGAGGAAGAAGAGGAAGUCACCGACGAAAAGAAACGAGAAAGGAUGAUUGUUGAGCAAUUUGUGGUUGGAAUGUUGACUAAUGGUGGAGCAAUGCCUCUCGAGAGGAUUUCGGUGAUGCUCGGGCUCGUCCCUGGAGGGUUUUCCUGGGGACAAGAGGAGUUGAGGGAAUUCUUGUCCCGAAUGAAAUCGGAAGGAAAAGUGGAGUAUGAAGGAGGCAGUUGGAGGAUUCCGAAGACUUGAUUCCUUUCGGCGUUUUGUAACAUACAUUAUUGAGGUUGCAGGAUUUUAAAUACCAUAGAUU